AUGUCUGUUCAUCAAGCACAUAUCAAGAACGAAAAUAUCAAUCAUAUGGACAAUUUGUGGCUCAAUGAUCAUGGUAGUAAGGAGGUGGAAUUAAGACCACGAGAAGAGACCCAAGGUCAGGGCAUUCCGCAGGAUGGUGACGAUACGUCCCUCGCACCACCAGAUGGGGGCCUCUGGGCGUGGUUAUGUGUCGCUGGAGUCGUGGGAUCACAUCUAGCUAUACUGAACACCUGGGGUGUUAUAAACUCCUUUGGAGCCUUUCAGAGUCACUAUGUCCAGACUCUUAACCGUCCACCAUCAGACAUCGCCUGGAUCGGCUCCCUGGAGAUAUUCUUCCUCUUCUUCAUCGGGGCCUUCACCGGCCGUCUCACCGAUGCCGGCUACUUCCGUUAUGUAGCAAUAACAGGUUCGACCCUCAUCGUUUUGGGCACCAUGCUUGCAUCCAUCUGCACGCAAUACUGGCAGUUUAUCCUUACCCAGGGGAUUUGUAUGGGUCUUGGGAAUGGAUGUCUGUUCUGUCCUACUAUUGCCCUUGUUUCGACAUACUUUGAGAAGCGGAGAUCACUUGCUAUCGGCAUUGCAGCAUCGGGGAGUUGUACGGGCGGUAUAGUGUUCCCAGCUUUGGUUCGACAACUCCUACCGCGGAUAGGAUUUGGCUGGACGAUGCGAACUAUUGGAUUCAUGCAGGCUGGUACCAUGGUGAUCGCCUUGGUAAUGCUGAAGUCAAGACUACCGCCACGAAGAACAGGACCCAUGAUCGACUGGGUAGCUUUCAAAGAGCUUGAAUAUGUGUUUUACGCGGUUGGGUCUUUCAUGUGCUUCUGGGGUACUUACUUUGCCUUCUUCUUCCUCGCGACCUUCGCACGCGACAUUCAAGGAAUGUCUUACGCAGCUUCACUGGACCUUUUGAUGAUCAUCAAUGGCGUUGGUUUUCUCGGCAGGCUUUUCCCAAGUCAUCUUGCAGACAAAUAUGGAGCAAUGAAUAUGUACAUCUGCUGGGUGGCAGUCUGCAGUUUGUUGAUUUACGCUUGGGCCGGAGUGUCGUCCAAAGCUGGUCUAUACGUCUGGACAGUGGUAUGUGGCAUUGCCCUUGGUGGAAUUCCGUCACUAUUUCCUUCGGGACUGGCUUCUUUGACUAUGGAUCCAAGCAAACAGGGAAGUCGAAUAGGUAUGGUUUUCACGGUGGUCAGUUUUGGCUUUCUUACAGGCCCUUCUAUCGAAGGGGCUCUUAUAUCUGCACUGGAUGGACGGUAUAUCGCGGGGCAAGUGUUUGCUGGGACUAGUUUGGCUGUAAGCUUGGUUUUCAUCACUACUGCUAGAGAGAUUAAGAGAAGACGGAUGGGCUUGAAGGUCUGGGUUAAGAUUUGA